AUGGUAUCAGUCAUAAAUGAUAAAGAGGAAUAUGAUGCAAUAAUGGCCAUCCUUUUAAAGCUGCCGUUUGAGACGUAUUUGAGUAGAUACCAAGUAUUUAGGCUUCGCAAGAAGGCGGAACACUUUCGUGUGUUUAAUGACACGCUCUACUUUAAUAUUAGAGAAGGACUGCACAAAAAAGUGUUCUACAAGACCCAGGUCGAUAUCAUGGCAUUAGAGGUUAAAAGACUUCAUGAUACCAACCAUUACGGCCAUAAUAGGAUGUAUGAAUUAUGUAAAGAUUAUUUCUUUACAAUGCCCAGAAUUGUUGUGAGAGAUAUUAUUACAAUCUGUAAUACUUGUAAAACAUCACAGCCUUUAAAGCAGAAAAAGCCAUUUAAGCAUGUUACGGCCACCUACUGCUUUGAGCACAUUGUGAUGGACUUAAUCGGUCUUAAGAGUUUUAAAACAACAAACCUAAAUUUUUGUUGGUUACUUAAUAUGAUUGAUGUUUAUUCAAAAUUUGUAAAGGCUUAUCCACUCAAAUCUAAAGCAGUUUUGGAAGUUAGCAAUGCAUUAGAAUCACUUUUUCUGACUUUUGGUUUACCAACUGUUUUACAAUGUGACGAUGGAAAGGAAUUUUCUAAUUCUGUGAUUAACGAUCUUUGUGCUCGGUUUAACGUAAAGUUGAUUCAUGGCAGAGUUAGACACCCGCAAUCACAAGGUCAAAUUGAACGCUUAAAUCAAACAUUAACGAGAGCCAUAGCUAAACAAAUGGAUGCCAAAGAUGAAAACGUAAAGGAAGCUAUUUGGAUAAAGUAUAUUGAUCUUGUCUUUUAUAACUACAACAUUGCUGUCCAUUCUGCCACUUGUAAGUCGUCAUUCAAACUUUUUCACGGGCGCAAAGGGCUUAAUACAGUCCUUAGUACUGAAAAUGAUGGUGUUAUAUUUUCUGAUUUAGAAACAGAUUCAUGCAAAGAAAAAUUAUAA